AUGGCGCCGUUCAACGGUACAGUCGAGCACAGCGAGACGCGAUCGCAAGAGGAACUGUAUCAAGUGGCCUUACAACAAGGCAACAGUCAAGGCUACGAAUGGGUCUCGCCCUGCGGACCGGAACUCAAUCUGGUCCGAUGCCAAGAUGCACCGAUUGUCUAUCGGGAGCUGGGGGAAGACGACGGCAUGCUCAAAUGGGCCGGCAGUCUGUCGGAGCCAUUUCGACCCGAUCAGCUCGUAGUCGACCCGAGCAAUGGCUAUGUUUACCAUCCGUCUCCACAGCCUUCAUCACGGCGUGGUUCCAAGGCUAGCACAGGGGAGCAAUAUGGCAGCUUGAGUCUGCUCGGGUCGAGUUUGGUACUAAGCAAGCUGGCGGAAGGGUUGGAAAUCGAUCCAGACGUCUUUGACAGAGGCAUAGGUGGCAGCAUAGAGUGGAAGGGUCAUCGGUACGAUUUGGGUGUCCUUGGGCGUAAAAGGUAG